GUUGAGAUACAGGCAACAAGUGAGUAGACGGUGAGAUUUAAUGAAGACUAGUGCUUUAUGCUUUAAUCGAUGGAAUCAGAAGAAACCCGGAUAGAAAUCAGAAGUGAAACACGGCGUUAGUGAAAAACUUUCACACUUUGACGGAGGCGUUUGGAGUUUGUGGAGCUCACCGACUUCUUUGUGUUGCAGGAUGGGUAUGGCGUGAUAUUGGCGGGCUCUUAUGCUGAUGUAUUCAGUACGGACACAUUGAUGGAGUCACUAGAAAGACGCCUGCAGAGGCCUCUAUUGGCCAAAUCCAGAACAUUACCCAGCAUCCCUCAGUCCCCCGCCACCAUCCGUGUGCAGCAGGCGGAGAGCGAUUGUGAACGCCAACAUCGGCCUCGUGUUCCUUCCAGCCCCGGAGGUCUCGAGGCCUGCACCAUUCCACCUGCAGGUGAGAUGUGGAGGCUGGAGGAUGAGAACGAGGCAGACGUGGCUCCGGGUGCCGCUGACCUGCGUCCUCGCUCUCAGUCACCGUUCUCACAUUUCAGACGGCGAGCGGCGUAUCUGAGGAAGAGCAUGUCAGCAGACGAUCAUCUGGGGGAUUCAGAUUUCCAGAGCGUGCAGACAGAGGACAGGAGCUCGGCUGAUCCCAAAGCCAAACUCAAGAGGAAGUUUAGUCUGGGCUCCAUCGACAGGAAAGGAACGCGACAGAGAAGGACUGAAUCUGGGAUUGUGAAACUGACCCAGCGACUCUCUCUGAAGGACAAACACUGCAGUAAAGAGGACAGGAGUCUGCAGUCCAGACCUCCGGCCUACAGGAGGCGCUCUCUCAGCGUUGACUGGGCCGAAUCCAAAAUGACUCAACAGAUUCCAGACCCUCAUCCUCUGAUUGCACGGAAAUACAGCACAUCAUGUUCGUCUCCACCGAGCGCAGCACGGCGUCUCUACAGGAACCUGUCGGGAAAAUUCAGAACGGCAAACCUGGUUCUAGACGAUACGACGCUCCCGGGACAGUCAGACAAAGAGCAAUCACACAAAACCACCAUGUUCCAGGGUAACGAGGCUCUGUUUGAAGCGGUGGAGCAUCAGGAGCUGGACGUGGUGGAGUCUCUGCUGAACACCUUCAGUCUGGAGGAGCUGGACUUGAACACACCCAACAGCGAAGGCCUGCUGCCGCUCGACAUCGCCAUCAUGACCAAUAAUGUGCCCAUGGCCAAACUGCUGCUGAGAGCCGGGGCCAAAGAGAGUCCCCACUUUUUAAGUCUUGAAGGUCGAGCUGGUCACCUGGCCUCUCUAGUGCAAGAGGCGGAGCAUCGUAUAGCAGAGCUGGCUGCUCAGGUGACAGGGGAGGAGCCCGGAGAGAGGGAGGAGUCAAACAGAGAGAGGCAGCUGAAAACAUGGGAAUGGAAGCUCCGCCUCUAUAAGCGCAUGCAGACGGGAUACACACAUGCCAGUCCUCCCGAACCUCCCAGUGACGUACAUCUGUGUGUCAGCAGUGGAACCAGUCUUAGAGUUUACUUCCAAGAGCCUUUAUGUCACAAUUCGGCUGUUAUAACCAAAUACCGCGUGAGCUGGAGCAAUGUUUCUUCAUUUAGCCCUUUGCUGGGUGAGACGGUCAUUGAAGACGUGACUCAACUCCAGUAUGACAUCACGGGACUUACUGCGGGCACAGGCUGUUAUGUCCAGGUCUCAGCAUAUAAUAUGAAGGGAUGGAGUUCACCUCAGAUAUCAGAACCUGCUUGUGCUACACCCUCCAGUUGGAGGGAGGUGGAUGGUCUUCCCCCCCGCCAGCAGGGUCUGAAAGAGGCGUUAGAGCAACUCCUGGGGCAAAUUAAAGGGGCGCACCGCCACUGCGCAUGCCACGAACAAAUUAAAGCCACGUCGAACACCAGAAAACACUCUGUCUCAAAAAGUCUGCGGCAUCUCUUCCAGCCCACCAGCAAAUUUGUCAAAAACCUGAAAAGAGGUCUUUAUCUGGCCUGUAUAUUUUAUAAAGAUGAAAACGUUCUGGUGACUCCAGAGGAUCAGCUGCCGGUUGUAGAGGUGGACGAUUCCUUCAGCUGUCACGCACAGGAUUUACUCUGGUUCACAAAGGUGUGUCACCUGUGGGAGGAGCUGAGCUGGAUGCAGCAGUGUAUCAGUCCCGCUCAUGCAUGCAGCUCCUGCACACUUCAGACCCGCCUCAAACUGCUGCAGGCGGCAGCGCAACUACAGGCUCUGCUAGGCACGGUGGAUCUGGGACAGGUGUAUUUCGAGCCCAUUAAAGACAAGCACGGUAAUGCAGUACUGGUGCUGCUGAAGGACAUGAGUGUGUGCGCACCGCUGGAGGGACUGCGCUGGAUUCCUGUUAGUAAAUUCCAGCUUCAGCGAAGGUCUUCCUCAUCUUCAUCUGAUGAGCCCAGCGCACUGGAGACGCUCCUCUCCACACUGCACGAGAAGCUGUCGUAUCACCGGCGCAGCAGGAAGUGUCUGCCUCCAGGCCUGUAUCUGGGUUACCUGAAGCUCUACACCUCAGUGGACCAAAUCCGAGUCCUGGUGUCACACAAACACCCAAACGUGCUCUGCCACGUCAAGAUACGAGACAACGGCCACGUCUCCAGGGAGGAAUGGCAGUGGCUUCAGUCGCUGAGUUCACUGGAGGACACUGCGCAGGUGUGUGAUGACACUCAGAGUGCUCCCCAUCGCCUCCUGCUGGACUUACAAACCGCCGCCAAAGAGUUACUCGCAUACGUCAACAUUCCCAACCAGCAGGCGCAGGUCUUCCGUGUGUAUGUGAAGGAGGUGGUGGAGCUGGGUGAAGGAGUCUCCUUCCUGCUGCUGUUGCCACCCUGUGAGGAGGUGUGUUCACCACCGGGACAAAACCACCUGUGCUCACCACGCUCCAGCUUCUUCACUCUACCACUGCAGAUCUUCGAGCUCGUUCAUUUUGAGUCGUACUCAUCCAGUUUCAUCUCUCUGUACUGUCGAGCGUCAGCUCUUCUGGCUCUGGAGUCUCUGAUGUCCCAGCAGUCUCUGCGCGAGGCUUUCUCAGAGUCCGAGCUCUUCUCCGCCAAGCAGAAACACCAGCAGGUGGAGGAGUAUCUGCAGCAUAUGGAGGAGCUGUGGCGUGAUGCGCGGUGGAUGGUGAUCCUCCAGUCUGCCAGAUACAAACAUCAGAGUUCUGGUGUGAGUUUGGCCUGGAUCAUAGACUUCACUAAAGAAACCAUCCCAGAGAAACCAGCCUCCACUUCCUCUCAGGUGGACUUCCUGCCCUCGCCAAGCCCUUCGCCGGAAAACACACGCAAACACACUGAUUCCCAUUUGUCGGACGAAGACAACACGUCGGACGUGUUUCUGACCACCGACAGCAGCGAGUACAGCUCCAGCGUGACCCCCAGCACCAGAGAGCUGGAUCUUCUUCCUCUGUCUCCCUCCAGCUUCAGAUCUCCGCCGUCGUCCUCAUCCCAGUCGUCCCCACGCUCCUGUCAGCCGGACGUCCUGCAGCCGGUGAGCCGCCGCGAGCACAUCAGUGUGUUGGACAGUGACUUCAUCUUGCCGAGCCGUCAGAUCGAGCUCUUACGUGUGACGGAGAAGAGGACGGCGCUCUGCGUUCGCACCAGCAGCUUGGAGUACCCACCGACCACGCCCACACACACCGCCUCCUCCAAUCAGAUGCGCUGGACACGCCCUGCCUCUUUUGAUCUGUGUUUCUCUACCCCCGAGCCCCGCCCCUCACCAGUGCGCACCCUAUCAGAGGACAGCGGCGUGCAGAGACUCUCCGCCCCCCCAGCUGGGUCUCCCCAUAGACCGUGUCACAGCACACUGAGAGUUUACCCACAAUACCGCACCGGUUUACCCAAAGACACCAGCGUCAAAUUGCGUGUGACUCCAGAGACGUGUGCUGCAGAGCUGGUUCGUCUGGUGGUUCAAGAGAUGAACGCAGUGUGUCGUCACCUCCAGAAGGCCACUCAUCAGUGCUCGUGUGCAGCCGAUCAGUGUGUGUCCUCUGACGUGUGUGUGUACAGCAGCGAGCAGCUCCAGCACUUUGGCCUGGUUCUGCUGGUGGAGGGACGAGAGAAGUGGCUGCAGGACGAUUUCUGCCCGCUUACACUGCAAAACCCCUGGACACGCGGGAAACUCUGCGUCCGCUUCAAGGAGUAUUCACCACUCGCACUGCAGUACAGCAGAGCCACUACUGUCUGACCUGUAAAUACACACACACACACACUGGAUCAUGGGCUUUUACUACUGAAGGUUCACGGUGAGGUGCUUCAUCUGCACUAUACUGAGGUUAUUCUUCAUAAAGUCACUGCAUUUUUUAUGGGAAAACCACUACUAUGAGUUAAGUCAACUAAGAGUUGGGUCAAUCAGAAGUGAACAUUGUUUCUGUUGAGCACAAAAGAAGAUAUUUUGAAGAAUGUCGGAAUAUAGGAAGCAUAGCAGAUCAAAACAAAGAGUUGGUCAAACAGAAGUGAACAUUGUUUCUGUUGAACACAAAAGAAGAUGUUUUGAAGAAUGUUGGAAACCGGUAACCAUAGCAGUGGGGUAUUACAAUUUUUUAAAAAUAUUUAAAUUAUGUUUUUACAUUGUAGGAUGCAUUCUGAGGGAUCAGGUCUGACUUUCUAUGUGUGAAAUACAGUAUGAUGUUUCCAAAGUAAUGGAAAUUGUAAGUUCGAGGCACUGCUGUGUCUUUUGUCUAACGAAUGGCCGGGUGAAACUUUCAGGCAAGACCCAGAAACAAUAUUGGCUUUGAUUUUUCAACUAAACAUGUAAUGGCAGUUUUUGUUUCUAUUAAUAAGCACUGUCCCCUAAAUUGUGUAUUUAACUGAAUACCAGGCUGCAGUAGUUUAGAUUUUUGAACGACACAGAGACGGCGAGUUCUCAUCGAAGGAUUCUGCUUUGAAAAUGCCCCAAAUAUUCUCCUGGUCUAUCUAUUCUUCAAUUCACAACUGCAGAUAAAAACAUACUAUGAAAGCCAAUGGUUACCGCUUUCAGGGUGUCUGCGGAUGCAUAAACAGUCUUAAAUUCCAUAUAAUAAAAAUAUAAGGCCUCAAUUAGUCUUAAAUCUGUCUUUCAAAAGUAUUAAAAAUCCACUCGAGCCGCCCCCGCAAAGAAGAUUUUGUUUCUGUUUUGUUUUGUGCUUUUAUUUUUGCAAAUUUGGUAUUAUAAAAUUAUACCAUACACCUGUUCUUCAAUAUCAUUCUGUUUUGUGUGAAUAUAAUGCUUAGAAUCCUGCAACUGAAACAUUCUUCAAAUUAUCUCUUUUUUUUUGUUCAGCAGAACACAAGUAGUGAGUAAAUGAUGACAGAAUUUUCCUUUUUAGGAGAACUUUGCCUAAAGUCAACAUGAAAUCAUUAUAUUAAGCUGGGAACACUUUACAAUAAGGUUGUAUUACUUCAUGUAUUUAUUAACAUGAAUAACAAACACAUUUAUUACUGCAUUUGCUCUUCUUUAUUCAGGUUAGUUAAUGGAAAGUUGUUCAUUGUUAGUUCAUGUUAAUUCACAGUGCAUUAACUAAUGUUAACAAGCAUCGAUGUGGAUGUUAAUAAUGCAUUAGUAAAUGAUGAACUAUUAUUAAUAAAUGCUGUAGACGUAUUGUUCGUCAUUAGAUCAUGUUAGUAAAUACUAAUGAAACUUUAUUGUAAAGUGUGACCAUUAAGCUUAAUUACUAUAUUUUCCUGGUCUUGUACUGUUAUAAACAAAAAAAAGAACAUUAUUUUUCACAUAUUUUCAUAUACAAUCAUUAAAAUGUAAUAGUAUAUAGGCUACCACCAUUCAAAAGUUUGGGAUCAAUAUUUUUUUAAAGAAAUAUCAAUAUUUAUUUGCCAAGAAUGCAUUCAUUUGUAUUUAAGACGUACAGUAUAUAAUUUAUUUCAAAUGACUGUUUUUUAUUCAUGUUUCUGUAGAAUCUGUAAUAUAUUUAAUUAUUCGUGAUGUUUAAAAUGCUGUUUAACAUUCUGAAUAAAUAAAUAAUCACAGAUUAUACAGAAACAUGAAGCAGCAGGGUUGAGUGAUAUAUUGGGGAAAAUCUGACAUUGCAAUAUAGUCUUUUCUGUGAUGGACAGUAUAUUGUGAUAUUAAAAAAAGGUUUAUCAAAUGACUUGACAUGCUAUAUUUGUAAAAUAUCAUCAAUCCAGAAUGUGUAUGGUGAUUUUAAGCUCGUUAUCAUUUACAUUGUGUUCAUAUCAAACACAGUGUUUUAAUUAAAUUAUUAUAUGAGAUUAUAUAAGAGUUUUAAAUAAGUCAUGUGUGACCCUGGACCAUAAAAAAACAAUCAUUCAUUCAUUCAUUUUCCAUCGGCUCAGUCUCUAUUUCAGGGGUCGCCACAGCGGAAUGAACCGCCAACUAAUCCAGCAUAUGUUUCACAUAGUGGAUGCCCUUCCAGCACCCACCCAUACACACUCAUUCACACACACACACACACACACGCAAGCACGCACGCAUGCACACACACACACACACACACACACACAUACACUACGGCCAAUUUAGUUCAUUCAAUUCCCCUAUAGUGCAUGUGUUUGUACUGUGGGGGAAAUUGAAGCACCUGAAGAAAACCCAUGCCAACAUUGGGAGAACAUGUAAACUCCACACAGAAAUGCCAACUGGCCCAGCCCGGGCUCAAACCAGCGACGGUCUUCCUGCGAGGCGACAGUGCUAACCACUGAGCCACCGUGCUGCCCCAAACCAGUCACGAACCUCAAUUUUUUAAAAUGAAUUGAGAGUUAUACAUUUUCUGAGACAUAAAUAUAAAUAAGUUUAACAAUAGUUUGAUAGCUAUGGACAAUAUUUGGCUGAGAUAUUUGAGAAUCUGAAAUCUGAGGAUGAAUCUGAGAAAUCUAAACACUGAAAUAAUGUAUUGUUCUUUCUUAAUUUCUUAAGAUUUACCAAUUUAAAAAUGACAUUUUGAUAUAUUUGCAGUACAAAUCUUUGCUCAAUAGUCUAAUGAUUUUCGGUAUGAAGGAAAAAAACAAUCAUUUUGAAACAUGCUCUGUAUUUUUGACUACUGGCAACUUAAAUUUGGUUUUGUGGUCCAGGGUCACACACUUUCUUUUAUCUGAAAGCACCAAAUUGCUAAUAAUCAGAAAUAUUCGUUGGGAAGCAAAUCUGAAUGAACACGUCACACUCAGUGAUACUGCAAAAUCUGCUUUGAACGCCAGAAAUAAAUCAAAUAUUUAAAUGUACAUAAAUACAAAACAGCUGUUCUGAAGAGUAAUACUAUUCAAUAUUAUUGACUUUAUUAUAUAUAUAAAUAAAAAAAAAUUUAAUACAUCAUGUCAAUCCCAAACUUUUGAACGGAAUAUCUACAUCCUCUAAAAUGCACUGAGAAAUACAUCAAGUUAUUGACCUUAUUCUGUAAUCCGGAAGUGUGCUGUUGCUCUACAAACAGCUAGGUUCAUGACUACAUAUAAAGAGUAAAGAAAAUAUCUAUCUGAAUCAGCAUAGCCAGCUGUUUUUAACAUCUAAAAAUCAAUAGACAGGAACGAGACCAGAAGUGUUGCACACUCAUGUCAAUCUGGCAACCUGCGCUUGCGUUGACUGGCCAGAGGAGGAGCCAAGUGAAAAUGUGUUUUGAUCCAGGAGUGCAAUACCUAGUUCAGCCACCGGGUGUCAAACUUACACACUGCACCUUUAAAUAUCGGCUUCAACGUCAAUAAUAAGGUUAAAAGGUUGUAAAUGUAUUUCAUGUUGACUUCAUCUGAAUCCGUGGAUCCAUAUCUUAAAUGAUCUUAGUAUUGUGUGCCACUUUCUUCUUGUUCAGCUCUUCCAUUGGUUUUCAGAAGUGAAAUGUUUACAGUCUGCUGGUGCUGGUCUGAAAUCAGCCAAUAAGCAUUAAGUCACGAUUAUUUCCGUCGACGCAUUCUUCCUCAGGACACCGAACUGUACAUGUUUACUGUGAAUCCUGGAAAUACACUGGAGGUGCACUGGAGAACGAGAACUGAAGCUUUAUCCAAUGAAGAGGUUUUUGUUUGACUGUUUAUAGACAAAUGUAUUGAACUGAAGGAGUAAUGCAGGCAAGACGGACUGUAGCUGCUGAUACAUACACACACACACACACGCACACACGCUCCUCCUGUUUUUGAUGUUGAUUUGUAAAAGGAAAGGGGGGUUUGGUGUCGUAGUGAGGUUUAUUGUUGAUAUUGUGUGUUUGCUGUCUGUUUGGCCGCUGACGGACACACACUCCUGUGGGAUGUAAAUGUUUUUUUGGUGCAAUAAUAUUUUACACUGUAGCUCGGAUGUGCGUUUGACAGAUUGACGGACAUAAAUACACACUCAAGCUCAAACGCUAAA